CUUGCCCAACAUGUUUGUUCGUUCUGGUGCUAUUCUAUUGAUCCUGGGCCAAUCGCUUGCUCAGAACACUGCAGGCUCUUUCACGAGCCUGUCGUUCAAUGUUGCGGGCCUUCCGCCGAUCUUGAACGGAAACGAAGUCCCGGGUGACAAGACAACGAACACGGCGCGCAUCGGUCAGCUAUUUUCACAAUACAACUAUUCACUAAUACACGUUCAAGAGGACUUUAACUUUCAUGCCGCGCUUUAUGAGCACGACGACCAUCCGUACAGGACGCCAACCAGCGGAGGAGUGCCAUUUGGCAGUGGGCUCAAUACCCUAAGCAACUUUCCAUAUACCUCUUUCCAACGCGUCAAGUGGAACGAAUGCAGCAAUGUAGAUAGUGCAGAUUGUCUCACACCAAAGGGCUUUACAUUUAUGCGUGUCAAUGUCGCACCUGGCAUAUCUGUAGAUGCCUAUAACCUUCACGCUGAUGCUGGAACCACCGCUGCUGAUCUCAAAGCUCGUGCUUCGAAUCUCCGCCAAGUUUCAGAUUUCAUCAAGACCAACUCUGUUGGCAAUUCCGUGUUGGUAUUUGGCGACUCGAACACUCGCUAUACACGUUCUGGCGACAUACCCACCGUCUUUGCGACAGAAAACGGCAUGAAGGACCCGUGGGUUGAGUUGGUCCGCGGAAACACGGCACCGCAACCAGGCACAGAUGCAUUGCUUUGCAGUAAUCCAAGCACGACGACAGCCUGCGAGACAGUCGACAAAGUCUGGUACCGGGGCUCGCCAGCCGUGACACUCCAGGCCACUUCGUUUGAGUAUGCGAGCAACAAGUUCUUGCAAGAAGAUGGGAACAUAUUGAGCGAUCACAAUCCCGUAUUGGUAAACUUCAAUUGGAAAUCUAGCCCGCAAUGGCGCGUCAGUAGUACUUUUGGCAGCGAGUCAGGAGGUUGGUACAAUGAUCUUCCGUUGCUGGCGAAUGUCCAGAAACCAACUGUGUCUUCUGUAACGCUGCAAGGGGCAAACCGACUCGAUAGAGUGUCUCUGUCGCUCGCUUCAGGGGAAACAUUUUCUCAUGGCGGAACAGGUGGCACCGCGUCAACGUUAACGCUUGGUACGAAUGAGAAGCUUGUAAGUGCCACACUUUGCAAGGGGCAAAGGAAUGGCAAUACACGGAUUUUCUACGCGGAACUGAGGACCAGUGGAUCUAAGAGCGUUGCAAGUGGUGUCAAAACGAGUGACUGUGUAGAUUACAAUGCGCCAGCGGGCUUUUCUAUUGUUGGUUCAUUGGGCAAUAGUGGGGAUGAAGUUGAUAGUCUCGGCUUUAUAUACGCCGCCAUCUAA